AUGCAGUCAUUUGUCGUCGUUGCAGGUCUGCUUGCCGCGGCAUACUUCGUAUACCGACUCCUGUAUGGCACCGACACGCCACACAUAAAGGGCCUCCCCGAAGUCCCAGGCCUCCCGCUCUUUGGAAGCUUGAUUGAGCUGGGCGAGAACCACGCCAAGGUGGCACAGCGAUGGGCGGAAAAGUACGGACCUGUGUUUCAGGUACGGAUGGGAAAUCGUAGAAUAGUCUUUGCCAACACAUUCGCCUCAGUCCGCCACCUCUGGAUCACAAACCAAUCGGCCCUCGUCUCCCGCCCCAAGCUGCACACCUUCCACACCGUCGUCUCGUCCUCGCAGGGCUUCACCAUCGGGACCUCACCCUGGGACGACUCGUGCCGCCGCCGCCGCAAGGCAGCCGCCACGGCCCUCAACCGGCCGGCCGUGCAGUCGUACAUGCCGCUGAUAGACCUCGAGUCCACCGUCAGCAUCCGCGAGCUGCUGCAGGAAUCGCGCGGCGGCGAGGUCGAUCUUGAUCCGCGCGCCUACUGGCAGAGGUAUGCGCUCAACACCAGCCUGACGCUCAACUACGGCUACAGGAUCGACGGGGAUAAGGAUGAUGCGUUGCUCAAGGAGAUCACCGAUGUGGAGCGUGGAGUGUCGAAUUUUAGGAGCACGAGCAAUAAUUGGCAGGAUUAUGUGCCGUUGUUGAGGCUGUUUCCAAAGCUGAGCCGUGAGGCGGGCGAGUUUAGAGAGAGAAGGGAUGUAUAUAUGGAUCAGCUGCUGACUGGGUUGAAGGAGAGGAUCAAGAUGGGGACGGAUAAGCCUUGUAUCUCGGGUAAUAUUCUCAAGGAUCCUGAGGCCAAGCUUAACGAAGCCGAGAUCAAAUCCAUCGGCCUGACCAUGGUAUCGGCCGGCCUCGACACCGUUCCAGGAAACCUAAUCAUGGGGAUUGCAUACCUAGCCUCCCCGGCGGGGCAAAAGAUCCAACAGCGCGCCCACGCCGAGAUCCUCAAGACCUACCCUGCCAACGACGCCUGGACGCGGUGCCUAGACGAGGAGAAGAUUCCCUACAUCACGGCUAUCUACAAGGAGAUCCUGCGCUUCUUCACCGUCAUCCCCAUCUGCCUCCCCCGCGUGUCCGUCAAGGACGUCGAGUGGGAGGGCGUGACCAUCCCGGCCGGCACGACCUUCUACAUGAACGCGUACGCGGCCGACUACGACCCGGACCAUUUUUCCGACCCUUACGUCUUCAACCCGGACCGGUACCUGGAGGACGUCGAGGGCACGCCGCACUACGCCUACGGAGCUGGCAGUCGCAUGUGUGCCGGCAGCCACCUGGCCAACAGGGAGCUGUACACGGCGUUUGUGAGGCUGAUUUCCGCGUUUGAGUUUGUGCCCCCCGCUGACCCGGCCGACGAGGCUGUGCUGGAUUGCCUAGAGGCCAAUGCUAUACCGACCAGCUUGACCCUGGAGCCAAAGUACUUCAAGGUUGGGUUCAGGCCGAGGGAUAGGGACAUGUUGGAUGGGUGGAUUAGGGAGAGCGAGGAGAGGACGAGGCAUUUGAUGUGAUGUUGUGGGUGGGUUUUGCUCUUUUCAAUACUCUCUCUAUUAUUUCUGUUCUUUGUCGAUAAAC